GCCAAAACAUUAUGGCGUUAUGUCUGACGCCACUUGUUGGAAAUGUGUGCAUUCUCUUGACACGUCGACAUUUGUGCUGCGAAUUUUUUUUUUAAACGCCGUUGUCCGGCGUUAUCGAGCGCGUGUCUCACAAUCAUAGCAGACGUAUCCAUAAAUAGAUCCAAGUCCUAGAUAAAAGUGACAAUUGAUCUCGUGACAGCUGUCUACCUGUCGUGUGCGAUCGAACAUAUCGAAACGUGCAGCAUCGACGCGACUCGGCGAAACAUCUGACGUGGUCUGCCGAAGUAUUUCUGUGAUCUUACAAAGUUAUGUGGAUCUUGCGUGCGAUCCAGCAUCGCGGAGGUCAUCGAUAUUUACGAUAUUGACGAAAUAUAUUGGAUACACGGGAACACCUGAUGACGCUUUCGCGAAAUGAUGCCGAGUCUUCAAUAUGACAUUGCUUGCUUCGUUUUAAUUUUACUUUCUAUUUUAAUACACGUCAAGGCGGAUGCGCAGGAUACCUCCAAUGCUCAGCAUUUCUCCAAUACAAAAUUUAAUUCUAAUGAAUAUUUGGAGUAUCCUGACAAUGAGGAGAGAGAUAGAGAAGCCUUGGCACAAUUGGAUCAGAUGCAGCAUUCAAAAGACACCUAUCUAAAGACUAAUGAAUUUGCUAAUCAUCCUGAUAAUAAGGAAUCAAUAACUCCAGAAACCUUGGAUAAAAACAUAGUAUGGGACCGACAAUGGGCAGCACAAUUAAAUCUCACUCAAAUAUCAGCUGUUUCUAUGGAUCCAAGUGGCAAUAUCGCCAUAUUUCACAGAGGAGAUCGCAUUUGGGGAUUUGAUACUUUCGACAAAGAAAACAAAUUCAAUCGCGCCUAUGGGCCAAUAGCGCAAAAUACUAUUAUACUUUUGGAUAAGAGUGGGAAGACGGUAUUAGAAUGGGGUGAUAACAUGUUUUAUCUUCCUCAUGGUCUGACUAUCGAUCAGUCCGGAAAUUAUUGGAUCACGGAUGUAGCGAUGCAUCAGGUAUUCAAGUUCGAUGCUCAAGAGGUAGAGAAGCAUAUGAGCGAAUUGAAACGCGCACAAUCUAGCACGAGAACGAGCGCGUCUGGUCGUCGUGGCAGUGCGUUAUUCGAAACUAACGUACUGAAGCCAUCCAUAGUUCUGGGAGUGGCAUUCGAGCCUGGUAACGACGAGAACAGAUUUUGUAAGCCGACCGCUGUUGCUGUACAUACCAAUGGUGACUUUUUUGUCAGCGACGGAUAUUGCAAUUCUAGAAUAAUCAAGUUUAAUAAGAACGGGAAACGGAUUCUUUAUUGGGGACGACACUGGGGCAUUGGAGGACCUGUCUACUCGCAAUUACCUCCGCCGAACGCGUUCGUCGUCCCACAUGCUCUAGCUCUCGCGAGCACGUUGAAUUACAUUUAUGUUGCCGACAGAGAGAACGGCCGAAUUUCGUGUUUCUUUGCCAACAAUGGUACAUUCCACAAGGAGUACAGCCAUACUGCUAUCGGUACAAAGAUCUACAGUGUCGCCUAUGCUCGAGAAAAAUUAUAUCUAGUCAAUGGACCCAAUCAGUACACGUCACGCCCUGUACCGGUACGAGGUUUCGUGCUCGACAUCCAUUCCGGGAAAAUAGUCUCAGUAUUCGGACCCAAGGACAACAUGAAUAAUCCACAUGAUCUCUAUGUGACGGAAGAUGGUGCCGAGAUAUAUGUAGUAGAGUUAAACAAUCACAAGGUUUACAGAUUUCUACAAGGUGUAAAUGACUCAACGUAUUCUGAAAAUUUAGUGUCUGCCAAUCAUCGUCGACCUAAGAUUUUAGUACAUCCUGAUACUAAAGAUACCAAUGAGAAAACUAAUAUGACAAAAUUGAUACUAGGUCUUGGCUCAGCGGCCAUUUCGUUUAUUAUAAUAUGUGUCGCAAUUGCUGCCAUUAUAGCAAGAUGUCAGAAAAGAGGUUGUCUACUCACGAUGCGGAAGAGAAUGCGUUGGGAAGCGGAGAGACGGGAAAACUUCAAGCUCUCCAGCCUGCUGGAGAAUCGCCGGGGCCGGAGUUUCAAGUUCCUGGAGAAACGGCCGAACACUCGCGAUUUUAACAAGCUGAACACGGAGCCGGAAACCUCGGAGGACGAGCGUCCCGAGAACAGUCUCGCGAAGGUAAUUUAAGGCGUUCAACGAAAACGCCGAGGUAUCGCGUCAGUAUUACCGAACCGAGACAACAAAUUCAUGCCCGCUCGCUCGCUGAUGUCCGAGAUGUUCGCGGGAUAGGCGCGAAUUGCACUCCCGUUUGAAUUGACGGACAACAGCGCCGACGAUUGCCGAGCGUAUCCGAAUGCGGCCGAACGAUAACGCGCGGGAUUCCAGCGCUUCGGUAUACUUACGAUCGCAUGUACAGGGUGAGUUAUUUGACAUUACCACUUGGGAUAACGCGUUUACCAUGAAAGAUUUUAACCUGGAUGGCGCCGGAGAUUUCAAGAUUAAGGAAAAUGUCCCAAUAAUUAAACCUUGUUCCAAUGAUUGAAACAUGAAAAACAUAUUUGUAAUAAAGUCUUUGAAAUUUUGUUAAAAGAUAUUUAUGCUCCAAUUUGUAACGUUAUUUAAAGACAUUAUUCAAUUCCUAAAUCUAUUGUUUCAGUAUUGUUUCAGUAAUCAGGAUAUGAUUCAUUUUUUAGCUCAAUUACUGCUACAACUGGCAUUAUCUGAUCCCUGGUAAAAGUUGAUAGAGAACGAUAGAAUAAAAUUAUCGUUUUCUAUCGUUUUGAAUAUGGAUUUUGGUUCGUGAAUUCACAAAUGUGAAUACGAUAUACGAUAGAAUACAAUAGAUAGUGAUAGAAUUUCUAUCGUCAGUUUCCUAUCCCAGGUAGCACAUACACGUUUUAAAAAUGUUUUAUAAAUGUUAGAACCAAACCUUUCAUAACCGUUUCCAAAACGUUUCUGAAACGUUUUUCAUGAGUAAAAAUGUCCACUCAAAAAACGUUAAGUGAAACGUUAUUUUUGCGAACAAAAUCGUUGAAGAAACGUUUUAUAAACGUUUUAUAAACGAUUCAUAAAUAAGGUUUCAGAGAGAUCCUGUUAAAAAGUUUCUUAUUGGUGCUUUACGAUUCUGAAACUACAAAUACUUUUAAGAAACGUUUCUGAUACAUGUAUGCGCUAUCUGAGUAUAUAAUACAAACAGAACCCGAUUUUUAUAGAACUAGAUAAAAUAGGAUGCUGACGCUUGCGAACGAUAGAGCUUAUAGAAAACGAUAAAAAUUGGUAGAAAUUCUAUCGUUCUCAAUCGUUCUCUAUCAACUUUUUUUACCAGGGAUAUAUUUAAUUAAAAUUAUAGUUGAUAUUUAUAUUGAUUAUUUUAUUUCUUAUUAUUUCUUGAAAGAGAGAGACAGAGAGAGAUAGAAAGAGAUCGUUGACGAAGGUUCUAUAUAAACAUUAGUUUUCUUUGUAAUUUUACUAAUCACUUAUUAAUAAAAAAAACAAAAUCGAUUGUGCUUUUUUAUUAACUUAUUUAUUGGAACAUUUACCUUACGUCAACGCGGAUUGUUUACGUAUUUUUUACAUAAUGUGUAUACGGUGAUUUUUCGUGUAGACAACAUAAAUUAUAUGAAAUAUUGCAAAUUAUAUCAAAAUAUAUAAAAAAAAAACAAUUAAAUUAUAAGACAGUUACCGUAUUUGUAUUUUAAAUAUUAAUUAUAGAUAUAAAGUUUAAAAGGAAAAUAAAACAAGUUGAAAUUUAUAUUUCAUUACAUGACAAAUUAGUAAAUUAAUUCUCUGUAAGAAUGUACCUUCCCACAUAGCAGAAAAUUUAAAAGAUGUACCAAAUACAUUCAGAGAAUUGCUAAAUAUUCGCAUAAGUUCUCAGAAUAUCCUAAAAAUAUUUCGAGGACUUUUAAAUGUCCACACAAGUCCCCAAGAUAUCCCUUGUGCUAUGAGAGUUGAGAAUGUUAUGGACUCUAACCUGUUUAAGAGAAAACAUUAAUAAAUUUACAUCAAAAUUCUAAAGGUUAAAUAUAUACUUUUCUUUAUCAUUUUUUUAACAAGCCAUCCUACAAAACAUAACGUUUAAAAUCGGAACAUAAGACGUCUAAACAACGUCUUAAAGACGUCGGAAUGGAAGACAUCUUUAAGACGUUUUUAAGAUGUCUUUAAGACAUCUUAUGUCCCAAUUUUUGACGUUGUGUUGAGUGAGAUAUAUUCUUUGAACGAUAUUCAUUGAUUACUAACUGUCUACAUAGACGACAUAUCAUACAUAAUUUACGUUGUCUACACGUAGACGUAGAGUAUCACAAUAUACACGUGAACAUCCGACUUUGAUUUUAAUGGAGAAUUAUUAGAGAUAGAUAGGAACCCAGAUAGUACAGAGAUAAAUAGAAGAUCAUAGAAAAUUCAUUUAAGAAUAUCUACAGAAUUAAAAAAUGAAUAUUUUGUAAACCCUUGACGAUUUAAUCACAAUCAGCUCGCCUUGAAGUAUUCUUGAAAAAUUUAUCAGAAUGAAUAUUUUACGACUAAGUGCUUCGCAUACUUUAAGAAUUUAUGAGGGAUUGCAAACGUUUUAUUUGUUAUAAUUAUUUCCUAUAACUGUGUUCAGUAGAUGCCUAUAUUACUUUCAGUAUUUUGUGUCUGUCGUAUCAUAAUUGGAAUGUUUUUCAUAAAUAAAUAUUACGAUAUAAUAAAAAAAGCGAUAUUUUUAACACUUCAUUAAAUUGUAAAUAUGAUUGAACUGGGUUCAAUAUAUUGUAUUUUUAUAAAUUACCAAUUUAUAACCUAAAAAUAAUCAUGUUUAAUACGUUUCUUUUUUAAUUCUAUAUAAUCUUUAUUUAAUUUCUUUCUUCCUUUAUGUGAUUGGAAACUAAUUGUAUUUUAAUUAAACAAGUUCAAGGCUCUUGACACGAAUCGAAACAAAUGAUUAAUAAGGCAAAUAAGAGCCAAUAGCCGAUCUCAAAGACGCACUUAUCAAUUUAAUCAAACCAAUAGCUUAUGUUUACAAAAAUUCAAAUGUUUCGGUCCCGUUUUGGACCCUCUUCAGUGAAGUUACAAUUAAGCAACCUAGCCAAUUUUUAAAAGCUCUCUAAUAUUAACUACUAUGCUUGUGCCAUCAGAUCUACCAAGGUAGAUCCGAAAAGCCAAACGCAUAUUACAUAUUCUUAAAUACUUUUAGAAUUGUAUUUGUGGGACUUGUGUCUUAGCUAUAUAUGACAAUUAUUAUUUACUAUG